UAGGACAUGUAGUUGUUUUAUUUUAGUAUUUUUGUUACUGUUUGAUUUAGUUGUUUAGACUGUGUAUGGUUGGAAAUGAGGAACAGUUGAAACAUGCAUGUGACUCACAUCUGUCCCAUGAUUCUUGUUCCUCACAUGCACAGUAACAUCCUCUUCACUUGGGUUCAAUUUUAAUGAAAUACGGCUCUCUAAUACAAAGGUUUGGGGAAGAAAGUAAAGUUUUUCAACUGUGCACGGUUUACUCUAGCUGCUGAGAAGAGCAUAAACUCUGAUGGUGUGUUGUAGAGUCAAUGCAAGAAAAAUAAAAAGGAACAAACGCAACCGUCAGUGCAAGAGCAAAGAGAAACCUCCCAGAAUGAUAUCUGUGUUUAAUCAUCUUGAAAAUGAAUUGGUCACCCUCUAUCUGAGAGAUUUCCCUCAGAUCCAGCAGAGGAUGGACAGAGUGUGUCUUCUCAUCAGCACAUUUGAAGAAGAUUUCAGACGUGCUUCUGAAGCCGUUACUAAUGCAGGGAAUGUGGAAGUAGCUGGAGGAUUCAUGAUGGGUUUGGGGUUAGUUUUAGCUCCAGUUCAUCUGGGCAUUUCUGCUCUCAUCACAGGAUCAGCAGUAGUUGUGCUUUCAGGAGCUGCAAUCAGUGAUAAACUCUGGAACAAGAAGAUCAGGAGCCAGCAGGACAAAUUUAUACAAGACACUGAAGCUGAACUUUUAACAUUUCGGUAUAUAAUCACCCCUCUGACUGACAAGAUGAAAGACAUCAGUCAGCGAGUUCAUGAAAUAUUGAGAGACCUCAAUAACCCACAGCAUGAUGUCGGGUAUUUGAGUAACUAUUUUUCAUCUGCCAGUGAAUUAGUGCGCUUCAUACAGAUCUAUGACAUUAGUGUUCUGGCUGCGCAGAUGCAGUCUCAGACGUCAAGUUUGAUCGGAACUCAGUUGAUCAGACUUCUGCCAGUUAGGAUGGCGUUCGUUCAGAUGUGGAUAGAAAUGAUUCAGUUACAGAAUGUCAUGGAUGAAAUGACUAAAACAAUAGAGAGAAUAGCAAACCAACCUGGUUAAUAUGAAGGAAAUAAGAAAUCUCAUUGAUUUGAAGUGCUAAACAUUCAGUUGUCAUAAAAACUUUCCAUCAAUUGAAUUAAAUAUAAUUUAACUAUAGUUAAACAUGAUAUAUAUUUCUAGAUAUAUAUUUUCUUUUAAAUUUUUUUGCUCUGCAUUGUUGAUCAAAAGCAUUGUUGAUCAUUUUAUGCAUAACUACUUAUUUAAAUGUUGUAAAAUUAUCUAUAUUUUGUUUGCAAAUGUACAAAGAGGUACUAUUUAUACCCAACUACCAGGAAAAAUUACAAUGAGAAAACAAAUGUUUUAUAUCGUGUGCAUGUAUUUAUUGUGGUGAAAAAGUGUUAUAUGGAUAAACUUAAGUUGUUGAAACUGAACACUGUUGCUUAAAAACAGCUUUUGAAUGACAGAAAACAUUUUACACAAUAUAUGUAUAAGUAUUAAUAUGUUUAUUUAAAUUUUGUGCUGUUAUACUGAACUGCAUUGUCUUGAUAUGUCAACACCGUGUACAUUGAGGCCAUCUAGUGUUAUGAAAUGAUCAUUAAAAAGAAGCCUGACAUAUUACUGGAACAAGUACUGAAGAAUGAUCUGCCUUUUAAUAUCACUGCUGAUGUCAACAACAUUACAUUUAAAUAUAACUAAAGGAUCUUCA